AUGGACAACCUGGGCUGCGACAAGGGCAGGUGGGCUGCCCUUAAAAGAAGGUCGGGCAGGAUCGAUCCUUCCACCCUUCGGCCCAUGUGGGAUGUGGGAUGCAGGGCCCAGCCGCUGCGCUGCACUGACUGGCCCCGCGUUCGGACGGAAACAAACGCCAAGUCAAUGGGCAAGGGUGAGGAGGUCAAAGGCAAACAAAGGGCACAGGCGCAGAAAGGGAGCAAGUCUAUUCCUUGACAAAAUUCUAUCAACUCUGCCCACUUCCAUCGCCUGCUUCUCGUCACGCCAUUCUCAGCCUACCGCUUUCCCCAGCCAGCCGCGUCAUGCUCGUUCUGUUAAGCAGCAGAGCCGGUGG